UGCAAUAAUCUUACAAAUUUGCAAUGGCAUUUGAUGCCAGUCAACAUAAUUAUUUACACUUGUGUCUGAUCUUGUAUGACCUGAGUGGCUUGCGGGUGUCAAGUAACUCGUUCUUAAAAUUUUUAUCUUUGUAUGUGCUGUACCCCUUGCUGUUAAUUAUGUUUGUUAUGGUGCACCUUAAUGUCUGGUUCAAGCAUGCCAACAUAUUUGAAAUAACCGAAGUUUUUACCUCGAUCUGCAUUGUUGCAUCUAUGUGUAUUCGAAAAACCGUGUUAAUUCAAUACGGUUCAACGUUUGAAGACGUCAUUCAAAAGCACUCUCAAUUUUGGGAUUAUGGUCUUUUUGGGACAAAGACCGAAUCAAGGCUACGAAAAAAUAUGGAAUUUUGCUUUUUGUUACUAAAAUGUUUUAUAAUAAGUGGGAUUGCGUCCAUAAUCGUACGCUGCUUCUCACCUUUGUUUAUGAAGGAGCUUUUGCUCCCUCAAGAUUGUUGGAUUCCUGGCAAUCAGCCAGUUGCCAAAAAAAUUAUCUAUGUUUUACAAAUCAUAUUUUACAUUGAAAGCAUGACAUACACCCCGCUUUUCGAUGGUCUGUACAUAAUAAUGACCGGAAAUCUUAAAUCACAGUUAAUACUUUUGCAAAAAGCGAUUGAAUCUAUUGACCUUAAAAGACAAGACGAUGAGACGUCUUGGAGGAGAGUUAAGGAAUGCUGCCAACACCACAAGUUCCUAUUGAGUAUACUAAAGAAAAUUAACAAAAUGUACUCCAAUUUUUUCGUUUGUACUUACCUUCUGACUAUAAUUGGAAUUUGUAUACCGUUGUUUGUAAUCUUUGACAAGUCAUCUAAUUUAACCCAAAUUGUAGAAAGUAUACUUGUUGCAAUUGUAAUGAACACUUUGCUUAUUAUGAUAUGUAUCCCAGGAAGUGAGAUAGAAAUUGAGGCUGAUAGGUUGAUUACACAAAUUUACAACCUGAAUUGGUGCAAGUUCCUGUUCAAAUAAAAGGAGGAGGGGUUUUAGCAGUGAACAGAGCUUUAAUACUUCAGAUUCAGCGUAUUGCAUAUUCGGCAUCCACGUUAUUAACAGGAUUAACGUCAUAAUCAGAAGAAGUAUCGUUCAUGUCUCAAUAACUAUAACUUGUAAUAACGUAGAAAAUGAAUUUCAAAAAAUGAAGAAACAGCUAUUUCUAGUAUGUAACACUUUGUAACUUUCUUAAGUCUACUUGCAUUAAAAG